UCUCUUCCUCAAUUCUAUAUGCUUGUGCAUAUUAAGUAGGAACAGAGCCACAUUACUGUGCUUAAUUCUCUCUCUCUCUCUCUCUCUCUCUUCUCUCAUCAUUCAUUCAUUGAUGAUGGCGAAGAAGAAAACCCUCAUCAUCAAGAAUAAUGAUAGUAAUAGUAGUUCUUCUUCUUCUGCUCCCACACCAUCAAAGAAAGUUGUGAAAAAAAGAACCCGCAAAACCAUUCCAAGAGAUUCACCUCCUCAACGAAGCUCUGUCUACCGUGGUGUCACUAGACAUCGAUGGACGGGUCGUUACGAAGCUCAUUUGUGGGACAAGAAUUGUUGGAAUGAAUCACAGACUAAGAAAGGAAGACAAGUAUAUCUAGGAGCAUAUGAUGAUGAAGAAGCGGCUGCACGUGCUUAUGACUUGGCAGCAUUGAAGUAUUGGGGCCAAGAAACCAUACUCAAUUUCCCAGCAUCAAAUUAUCAAGAGGAGCUCAAGGACAUGGAGGGACAGUCUAAAGAAGAAUACAUUGGAUCCUUAAGAAGAAAAAGCAGUGGAUUCUCAAGAGGAGUCUCAAAAUACAGAGGGGUAGCAAGACACCACCACAAUGGAAGAUGGGAAGCUAGAAUUGGCAGGGUCUUCGGCAACAAAUAUCUAUAUCUUGGAACUUAUGCUACACAAGAAGAAGCUGCUAUGGCAUAUGACAUGGCUGCCAUAGAAUAUCGUGGACUUAAUGCUGUUACAAACUUUGAUCUUAGCCAUUACAUCAAUUGGCUACGUCCUAAACUCCAAGAAAUUCAGAAAAACCCUAGCCAUAAUAAUCAAGAACAAUCAUCUAGUGGUUCCGAACUCGAUAAUAAUCAAUUAGUAUUUGGUUAUGAUCAGGCCGGCUUAACCACUAGCGAAACUGGGUCUGAAGACUCGACCCAGUUUAAAACUGGUGGUGAAACCGUGCCAACUUCGGCACUUGAGAUUCUCUUAAAAUCAUCGAAAUUAAAAGAAAUGUUAGUAAGAAAUUCCGUCGACGAAGAUAAUCUUCACUCUCAAACAUCUUCGGAAUCGAACCCUACUCCUCGGCGCACAUUUCCGGAAGACAUUCAAACGUUCUUUGAGAGCCAUGAUUCCAAUAUCUACAAUGAAAAUGAUGACAUUAUAUUUGGCGAAUUGGGCUCAAUUUCAGCACCAUUUUUUCAUUAUGAGCUUGAUGCUUGAUUUGAAAGAAAAAAAAAAUACUUAAUUAGCAUGAUUCUUUGUUCAUCGAAGCAAAGAGGAUGAUGCUAAGGGGCCUAGAUCAACAGUUUAAUUAUAUGAUCGUCAUAGAUUCUUUAAAUUGAAUUACUUUACUUUUUUUUUCUUUUUUUUUUUUCCCAAACAAACAUAUGACAAAUAGGAGAGUUUGCAGAUUGUAUUUGGUGAAAUAUGGAAAUUAUUUCUUACAAUUGUUGUGAUCUAACAAUGCAAGAAGGUACGUAAG